AUGCUGCCCCAAACGCUCCAACCUCAAUCGCAGAUCCCAGCCGCGGCGACGAAUUCAAAAGCCUCGUCGGACUCCGCGGAAGAUGCUGCCGCUGCAGAACGGGCGUUGAUCGAGAGGAAGAAAAUGUUGGCUGGUGAAGCGUGAGUUGUGUAUUGCUGUGCCAUGCCGAUUCACAGGGCAUCUCAGCCUCCCUGUGCAUCGCGGUGGGGCCGGCGGGCACCGGGCGAACCCACGUCAGCUCGGUCGAGUUCAUCCGGAUGUCGCUUACCCAAGUCUCUCUCCAAUGCGACAGUUACGAUUCGAUGCAAGACCAAGGUCUACUUGCAGGACGACUGAAUGCUCGUCAUCUAUUGCAUGUGAGCGACCCUUAUGGUACCGGACCGACAUAUGGCUUUAUGAGCUUUUAAGGCCGGCGCCGCCUAGGUGAGAUAGUCGUGGCCGGAUGUUGAUGGGGCCCCACCUCGGGCAAUUGACUUCACCUCUCGCGCAGGCUUACAACCAUCAUCCACCCGCUACUUACGUCAAAGGGAUGAACGGCGCAGAGUAUUUCGGUGAGAAUUGCGGCACUCUCCUUGGUUCCUUUCUCUUUGCAGGGGUUGGAUACUCUUUCUGAGGCCAGGAGUCGAAGACUGACUCUCGAUGAUUGCUCUCGUGCCGCGCCUGCGCAGGACCCGACUCGCGGUGGUCCAUUUUGGCCGAGCUGUUCCAAAUCCCACUCGAAAAGAUGAAGAAAAUUGCUAUCGAGCCUCCUUUCUACUGCGACUACGGAUGCAACAUCAAGUUCAAGGGCGAGGUGAGCGAACGUCUACCGAGGUUCCUUCCAUGCCUUUCCCGCGCUGUUCCCUUCUCAUUAAAAUAACUCCCCCCACGUUUCAAUUGACCCUACACCCCCAGUUCUACUCCAACUUCGGACUGACGAUCCUCGACUGCGCCGAAGUGACGUGGGGCGAACGGGUCAUCGUCGCUCCGAACGUUCAAGUCUACGCCGCGACUCACUCUGUCGACGUCGCCGAGCGCCAAGCGGGUCUCGAGCGGGCUUACCCCGUAACGGUGGGGGAUGAUUGCUGGAUCGGUGGGAGUGCAGUAUUGAUUGGGCCCUGCACCAUCGGUAAUGGAUGUACGGUCACUGCUGGGGCCGUCGUAAGUUGGACUCGGGGGAAACAUUUGCGCUUCAGGUUUUGGAUAUGUCAGCUGGGUUGCACAUGUCGAUGCUGAUGCUGAACCAAACCACAACUUAAACCGACUGCAUUUACCAGGUCCGGGGAACGUUUCCGGACAACUGCGUGAUCGGUGGAACGCCCGCUCGCAUCCUCAAAACGCUGGACCCGCCGGCGGCACCAUAG